AUGACAGUUGGUAGAGAGACGGUGUCGCUCAUCAGGAUACUCCACUCCACUUCCCAUGCUGAGCACAAUGCCAGCAUACGUCAUACGGAGUCCCGCUUUCUCCUACCACAGCAGAUGCAAUUUGUCGUCUCACGUCAGAUCCUCACAUACCUGUGUGGAAUCGGCAGUGAGACGACGGCAGGAAAGGUAGACUCAACGAUCGGUGAGUCUACCUUUUCAUCGCUGCAUCCAUUCUUUGGAGAUCGGCACGAUAGCUUCGAUGACACGUUUGCGCGUGUAUUGCUCUUGUCAGAGCCUGUAGUUUGUUGGUGCGCCUCUUCGGGU